CAUGAAUGGUCAGUUUUUGCAUUUUGAGGAAACAUGAAUGGUCUUUUGACUCUUUUCCAUCCUCAUGAGGCCAUCACAGGCACUGUGGUCUUGAAAGGGUCAUGCUGUUUAUAUUUGGUGACUGCAAAUUCUGUUCAUCUCCUUUAAACCCUAAAUAUUCUGCCAUCAUUCUGUUUCUUUUCCUCCUUCAGCUUCUCUGAGCCUUCUUCUGGUGAAAAAGCUUUGUGGAUUUUGUGGCUGCAAUGGAGAAUGGAAAGGGAGAGGGCGGAGGUGAUGGUGGAAUUACAGAGAAGGCAUUGUCUGCUGGUGAAGCUGAAGCUUUGAACAAGUGUUUGGAAGAAAACAAAGGAGACCACUCCAAAUGCAAGGCAAAGUUUGGAGCUUUCAAGUCAUCUUCUUCUUACCAAAAAGAACCCUCUAAGCCGCCGCCUUUAAGGCUCCCAAGUGGCUCUUUCUAUGAUGUUUGAAUGUACUGAUUCAUAUUAGUUUUAAUAAUAGAGCAAAAUCUGUAAAUUUAUCAUUAGAUUGCUGUUUCAAGGUGGUGUACAAUUAAACUUUCUGGCAAUUU